UUCUAUACCGAUAAGCUGUGCACCGAUAAGAGUUUCUGCAGGGAAAACCGGAUAAAAAACGGCACAAAAACCGGAAACCACUUAAGCGGAAACCAGAAAACAUUAAGGUUCGUGGUUUUCCUCUUUCCAAGUCAUCAUCACGGAACGGCCCUUUUCAGAACAUCUGUAUCCGUGGAGUAGAGUAAGGAGUCAAAACCAGUUUCCACGAAUUGGGCAAAAGAAACGAAAAUAUGAUUAAAUUAUCCCUGAAACGGUUCGCUACUGUUAUGUUCUUUCAAAUAUUAUUUCUUGGCAUCGACCUGGGAAUAAACAGCUUUUCCUACCUGGCCCGUGGUCAACAAAUGGGCGUAAUAUUUUUAUUUAUUGCCCAAGAUGUGUGCUUGAUGCUUUCAUUUACGGCCUUCAUCUUCAGUCUAUACUCCACCUACCUGUAUCAGGCCGGAAUGGCUAAUUUGUUGUUAGAAAAGUUCCGCACCCCGCUCAUUAUAAGCAUUACUUACUUUUUCCUCAGCAUUACCCUUCAUCUCUGGCAGGUUUUAGGUCAUUCCGAUGCCCCCUACCAAUUUCAAUGGCCUAAAGCACUGACCGCGCUCUUUAUCAUACAUCGAUUAUUCUCGCCGAUUUAUUACUACCUUUACAAAAAGUCUGCGUUGAAAAUGAGUGACCCUCGAUUCUACGAAAACUUGGACUGGAUCGCAUCUCAACUAUCAAUCAAAUAAAAUAACGGGGAAAACCCAGAACAACUCCAUUCCAAUUGAGCAAAACAAUCCCUGUAGAUCUCGCAUAAAUCCAACAUUUGGAAUUGCUAGUCAUUGUGUCACUUGGCGCACGUUUUUCAGUAUUCUAAUCAUUAGGAUUUUAGUUCUUCAGUAUCAUUCACCCAAUAGUUACACUAUAUAUUUACUAAUAUAGUAUUGCAGUUUGAACUGUAUAAUUUAUCAGGAGUACUUUGAAUUAUUUUUUCAUAUCGAAAUGCACAAACAUGAGUUUUAAAUAAACGUGUUCCGUCAAUUUUAAAAAGGGAAAUAUUUAAUAUACAAACAUGAAAGUGAAAGUAAAAUCAUUUCAGUUACUUACACCAUGUUACAUUUGUUGUCAAGACUAGAAAUGUCUCAUACAUAUCCAAAUAAAUCACUUUUCUGCGUCAAAUGAUUUAUAUUGAUAAAUAAUAACAUCGUAUUCUAAGGUACAUGGAUUAUAAAUCCAACGUCUAGACAGAGAACAAAAGCUCUUAAACUAAUCCCUACCUGUAUUUAUAGGCCAGACUGUGACACUGUCCUUAUUAAAAUGUAAUUC